AUGGCUAGCUAUUUGAUCACCGGCUCCUCACGAGGACUCGGCCUCGCCCUCGUAUCCCAAUUGCUCUCCCUCCCCGCAUCUCAAGUCGCGUCCAUCUUCGCGACCUCGCGAUCAGCCCAACCCAGCCCCAACCUCAAAGAACUCAUCGACCAGUCCUCCGGACGCGCAUCCUACGUCCAACUCGACGUAACCGACACAAUCAGCAUCAGAACAGCCGCACGGCAAAUCGAGCGCCAGCUCCAGGGGCGCGGUCUAGAUGUUCUAAUCAACAAUGCGGGGAUCCAACCUGUGACCAAGGGAGGUGCAGAAUACAUGGACAACCUCAGCGAUGCAUUCAACAUCAACGUAAACGCACCCCACGAAGUAACCCGUACAUUCCUACCGCUUCUUCGCAAAGGAGAAAGGAAAGUCAUUACUAACAUAUCCACAACAUUGGGUUCCAUAAGCAAGGCCUCGCCAUUCAUGGCGCAAUCCACUCCAGCGUAUAAUAUCACCAAGGCUGCAUUGAAUAUGCUCACCGUUCAAUAUGCCCUUAGUCUUGAGUCUGAGGGAUUUACUGUUUUCUGUGUUAGUCCGGGGUGGUUAAAAACCGAUCUCGGUGGACCCAGAGCAGAUCUACCGGUCCAGACUGGCGCCGAAGCCGUACUGAAGAUCAUCCUUGAGGCCAACCAUAAGGACACAAAUGGGAAGUUCCUCAACAUCCAUGUGCCCGGGUGGGAACAGACACAGGGAUUUAAUCAAUACGACGGGGCAGAGAUUCCCUGGUAGUUCAGUAAUCAUGAUUAGAAAAUCAAAGUUUUGUAAGCAAGAUGAGUAAACGAUCCGAAUACAUAAUCAAAAAUCAUGAAACCUUGCCCCUGCGACCCAAACCGGGAAUGGGAGGGAGGGAGUGAGUGGUGAUGUAGUUGUGGAUCCACGUCGAGGAUGCAACCCUUAUUCGCCGCUUUCGGUAGAUGGUAUGUUG